GAUGAAGCAACCGCGACUAUGCUCACAACACCAAACAACUUGGAAGUUAGAAGAUGUGAAGCAGGUGCUGGGAAAUUUGCAACCAGUGUGCGUUUUUGAUGUUUCUGAUGCGGAAGAUGUUGGAGCUGGUGAUGCUGGUUCCUUGCGCGAUGCCGUUGUCUAUACUGAAGACGAUGGCUUGAACUCUCUUUCAGCUGUGUACGUUUCCGCAGGUAACUUCAGGAACGCCCUUGGCCCUACGAAUGAUGCUCCUACCGAACAGAUUGCUUUCGAUUAUACGAAUCUCAUCACCCCCGAUGAGGCGGAACUACAACCGAAAAAAGGUGGAAAGAAGACCACUAAAGCGGGUGUUUGGAAGAGGUUGGAAGGGGCUAGUGCAGCGGUUGGCGAUGCGGUUGGAGGACUGGCAAAGUGGGCAACAAGUGGGAUGAAAUCACCUUGGAAUGGAAAUGGUGGACUUGCUUCUCGUCCUAGUAGUGAAACAAGAACAAUUAAACCCGAUCGUCGUUCUGGUGCAGCAUCUUCCGGCUUCCUUGAGUUUCAAAGACGGGGCACAGAAAUGUCCUGGAAUUCAGUGUGGACGAAGCGCUUUCGCGUUCUUUGGAACGGAGAUUCCGACACUGUCAACAUGCGUGUACUGGCAAAUGUACUCGAUCCCGCGUCUCAAGUUACAAGCUUCGACGCUUUUAAUUACUUUUAAGGCUUCGUUCUUUACUCCAUCUUCUGAAGCAUGAUCUUGUUUGAAGCUGUCCCAUACAUAGAUAUAGAUAAGGGCACUCAAUCGAAGGAAGCAUCAGGAUCAGAAUGCGUUUCAACAAGCUAAGCUCUAAUACUCGCUACGAGCCAUGGUGAUGAAGGAUGUUGAUGCAGGCCUGAAAGAUAACAAGGAUGUGCAGAGAGCCUUUUCGAAAACUAGACCGCACCUUUUUACCGACGAGUCGGCUGAGUCGCGAGAAGAUCCUUCUCUUCAUGCCAAGAACAAAGCACACAGUGAUCGCCUGUUGAAGCAUCUUCGCUAUCAAUACGAUGUUUACGACCAGUGGAUCGUACAAGGAGGCGCGCCGAAGAGUCACGCACUGUUGUGGUUCGGUCUCAUUCCAAAAUGGUCGAUGCCUGUUUUGACGCCAGUGCAAAGACGCGGUCGGGAUGGCAGCUCUCUCUUUGCAAAUGUCCGCAGUACAUUGCCUUUGUCCCCGCCACUCAGUAAGCACGAGCGUGAUGCGGCAACGGAUUUGGAUCCCUUCAUAGAAGAAUUUGCUUCUAAAGGACAAGCGAAGACUGACGGCGGCGCGCGUGAUGUUUUAGAUUUGGACGAGGACGACGAAAAUGAUGCCUCUUUCCUCGAUUUAGGGGUAGUUUAUCACUAGUCCAAUGGCCGCGUCCUCCUUAGUUUCCUAAAGGGGAAACUAUGGGGCAAGGAGGGCAAUCCACUCGACUCGGGAUAGUGAAAGACUACCGUUAAUCAAGAACCUGAAAUACUCUGUCUUCGGUCGCCGUGAAAUUUAUUCCAUGAAUUGCUACUCUGUCCGUUGGCCGAUGAAGUACGUAGCGGUCGUUUCUGCUUCUCAUGCUAAGACUUUUGCUGCUCCUGCUACGGCGUCUCGUCCUACGGGUGCACCACCAGCGCCGGUCGUGUUCACGUAUAAGCUGGAGCCUACCGAGGACGCCCAACUUCUCUCUGGUGUACGAAUGUACUUUCCGAAAAAUUGUGACACGUUCAGUCAAGUCCUCAGGCAGAAGUUCGAGGAGGCUGUGCCAGAACUAGAGGCGAAGCAAGCGGUGCUGGAUCAAUGUCAACCAAAAGCGUACGUGACGCCUGUGCGUGCGAUCGAUGAGAGUGGUUUCUUACGCGGCAACGGUCCGAGUGGCAGCACAGGAGAUCUCAUGCAGAUGGCUUUUCUUUUCGCAAAUGCUUACACGCAAGAAGAACUCAGCAUCAUGCGCCUCCAUUUGGUGAGUUAUUUCACCUUUAACGGGAUGCACUCCUUCAUCGAGGUUUUGCUGGGAUCCGAGGUUGAGUUCAGAACAAGAGGACGAUAUGACAAGGAGAAGAAUAACUAUCAGAUGCGAUCCAUUUUGGAGAAGCUCCAGAAGAAAGACUCGCCAGUGACUAAGAUCAUCGAAACCCUUACAGGAACAGCAGAAGCGAGACAGCAAAUGCACGCAUCGCUUGCGUCUUUGUGGGAGUAUUUUCAUCGGUCUUCUGAAACGAGCCGCAUUCCCCGAGGUGCUGGCACAGCAGGUGGCACAGAUGUGAUGAAUACACUUGCCGAGGAACUGCCGCAACCGCAGCGUACGAUCCACAGACAAUUGAUGGCACUGGCAGGCUACAUUGCUCGAGGCUUUGAGCCAGACUUGAGGUCAUUCGAUGCAGGCAGUCGUGGCCCACCACCGACACCGAAAACUUCAAAAUGGACACGACCAGCUACACCUGCAGAAGAGGCAGAAGUAGAACCGCGUGUCGAGGACACUCACGGUGUAGAAGCGCCGGCUGGGACCCCUGCUGGAGGCUCCGAACCUACUCACGGAGUUAUCCCUGCAACAGAUGAUGGUGCAGAUAGUGCAGGUGGUUCUUCUGCGGUUGUGGACGAUACACCUCCUGGGGGAGCGCCGGGGCAUGAGAGCAGGAGUGAUAUUUCUACUGACGGAGGUGA